AUGUAUAAAUCUUCGUGGGCCGGCGAUGUUGAAGGGCUCUCAAUUACGUUUCACAACACAUUCCGUCAGGCGGCGGGGGGGGACAGGUUCGCGGACAAGGUCCGGAUAUACGCACUGGAUGUGUGCCGCACCAAUGACGGAGAACUUUUGAACGAUAACCUCGUCGAUCUGUACCUCAGGAGCAUGCUCGGAGACAAGCAUGUAGAGAGGGGCAACGGUGUCUUCGGCGUUCCACGCGGCGAUGCCGGCGAUGCCGACGACGCCACCACUGCCGUGGCGAGUUCCACGCCGAGGUCUGCAGGAUCCAUCGACGCCAACAAGGUCCACAUCUUUGCCAGUUCUUUCUACACCAAGCUCUCCGAGAGAGACGAACGGCCCUCGGAUAUAAGUCAGAUCAUUGGAGGAUGCAUGACUGCAGUGGUGCUGGUAGUCGCCGACCUAGUAGGCAGGUUCGUUUCCGUUACUUUCAGCUGGACGGAGGUCGCAAUGUAGCCGGCCAGAGUAUGUCAGUGGUCGCCGAAAUAUCAAUACGCCAAGUUUUUUUUUCAGAAGCCUGCGGCUCUAACUUGAAUCCGUCACGGUCUACCUAUCCGAACAAAGGCAUCUGCUGUGGGCAUGUGGGGCGAGGACGCAACGCACGGAUAUCACAGUUAAUCACGCGUCGCCUAGAUUAAAAAAAUUACUAUUUGUAGACGUAUAACCUUUCCUGUACCAUAACAAUGUUUAUACUCUUCGUCCCAGCGUGUUCCUCCUACUUGAUGCUGGUUCCCGACAUGAUUACGCCCUCGGCGUCAGAUCUGUCUUGCGUCAUACACUAGGUGUAUCACCACAGAAAAAACAUGACAUACUCCCCCCGGUGCCUCUUCGGUCGAAGCUUUAUUUUCAUCUCAAAAAGACCGGCAAUACCUCGGAGACAACGUGCAUGACUUCGACAACGCACGACGAUCGCCCCGAGGGGAGUCUUGACCGGAUGUCAUGGUUUACGGCUAUUUUUUCGGGUAGGUGGCGUAUAUGAUGGUGCUGGCUCUCAGCGCACACCUAUCCCUAUCAUAGUUGCGCUCGGUAACCUUUCGAAAGGGGUGGUCGAAGAAGAGGGUUACAGCGACAGGAUUAAGAGGGAAGACAACGUUAGACUUCAGGAAAGUUGUUGGGUGUGAUACUGCGCCCUCACCCCGAUGAUGGAAGCAGCAGACCACGUGAACAGGGUAUUUGAAGGUGUGCUCUACGGUAUGGGGUGUAAUGAUUCCCUCUUGGGAGCAGAGAGAGCAGCCGUAACCCUGUUGUCUGUCGAGCGAAGCGCGCAUCACGCGAACAAAGUAAAGCGUUUCGAUGUGUGCCUUAUCCAAACAAGCGGAACUCCCCAGCAGGUUUUCGACAAUCAGUAUUUCAUCGAGAAAGCAAAGAACGCUCCUCCCCUAGCGGGUAUGGCAAGAGCGCGGUAAUACACAAGUUUGAACAUAACACACCGGCCGCGACUCCAUGCUAACGAUUUCCUUACUAUGUACCCCCCGUCCCGUCCGUUGUUCCCUUUUCGCUAUAGGUAUUUCGGAAGGUUAAGCGUUGGACCCGGGGAGCUGAUAUCUUCAACAUGAAGUUUAUCUUCGUGCCGGUCAACUGCUGGUUGCACUGGAGCCUUGCGUGCCUCUGCAACCUCGACACUAUAGCGGUAUGUACCGUUGCAUGGCGAUAUAUACCAAA